AUGGCUCUCCUGCUGAUUAUCGCUGCCCUUCUGCUCGGUGCGUUUGCUGAAUCUGGUCCUAGAUACAGUCCUCCUACACCAUCCUACAACCCUCCUGUUCCUUCCUACAACGCCCCUGCACCCGCUCCUGUGGCACCAGCACAAUACAACUUUAAUUAUGCCGUGAAAGACGACUACUCCGGCAACGACUUCGGUCACCAAGAAAGCCGUGAUGGAUACGACACUCAAGGUACCUACUACGUCCAGCUCCCCGACGGCCGCCUGCAGACAGUCAACUAUAACGUGAACGGCGACUCCGGCUUCUUAGCUGACGUGGCUUACCAGGGAGAGGCUCAGUACCCAGCCCAGCAGCCUUCAAGAUCCUACCAACCUGCUCCCUCCCCAUCCUACCAGCCUGCCCCGACCCCGGCUUAUGGUUGAAAAUAAAUGACAGUGGAUAAUUUUUGCAAUCGUUAUACUUUAUUUCUGCAUCUUUUAUUUUUAAAUAUAUUUACAAGCGAUAGGCAAUAUAAUAUAAUCAUCAUACAUU